AUGCCGCCAUCCGCGACGUCCACGGAGACGACCAGGGUCGAGUUCUCACCGGCGUUAAACGCCACACAAAGGAAACAGUUACACGCCUGGAGUGAAAAAAAUGGUUUCGAACACGUCUCCAGCGGUACCGGGAGCGAUCGACGCAUCGCGAUCGGCUCGAGCGACGCCACGAAUGUCGUCAGUGCCUUUGACGCCCUACGGGACGACGAAAUCGCGAGCGUGUUGACGACAAAACUCGGGCUGACGUGCGCGGCGAGCGACCUGCGUCGAGCGGGACGCGGCGGCGGCGAGACGAGCGAGCGAGAUUCCGAUGAGAGCUUGGCGGGAUGGACGACGCGAACGUUGGGAUUGUUAGAGCUCGAACGCGUCGCGGAGACGGAGAGCGCGGAAGAGAUUUUGAGAGGGUUAUCUCCGGCGGCGGCGCAGCGCCGCGGCCGCGCCUUGCUCGGACUCACGGCGACAGACGUCAGAGGCGGGUUGCUCGGACAGACGGUGAUCACGCUCGAGCUCGCGAAGAGAAUCGAUCCGAGUCAUCCGACGCCGCUGCCACCGAACAGGCUGAGUCCGCACGACGUGGUGUGCUUGCGCGCGAAUAAGGCGACGAACGAGGGCGAACCGCUGGCGAGCGGCGUGGUGUACAGAAUACGAGACGCACAGAUCGAAAUUGCGUGCGACGACGCCCCCGAUGAUCUAUCAGGGACUUUACGUUUAGAGCGUUUGUCCAACGAGGAGACCCAUAAGCGAUUAGUCGCAGCGGUAGAGCGAGUGGGGAAGUACGGAGGCGCGAGCGACGCCAAGCAACCGGGCGCGCACCUGGUCGGCGUCGCGUUCGGCGAUUCGAGCCCUCGCGUGGCGAAGAGCGGGAAGGAGGUGAAAUGGUUGAACGAGAACUUGGAUUCGUCGCAGCGCGAAGCGAUAGAGCACGCCCUGCGAUGCGUGGAUUUCGCGCUCAUUCACGGUCCACCCGGGACGGGAAAGACCACGGCGGUGGUCGAGUACGUCGCGCAGGAAGUCGCCCGCGGGUCCCGUGUGCUCGCGUGCACGGCGUCGAACAUCGCCAUAGAUAACUUGGUUGAGCGAUUGAUGCGAGUGAAGCUCCCUGGGGGUGGUGAGAUGCGUCUCGUUCGCGUGGGUCAUCCGGCGAGAUUGCUUCCGUCGGUGCUCGAGGCGUCUCUCGAGGCGCAGCUCCUCGCGUGCGAUAAUAGCAAGCUCGCGAAAGAUUGCGCGAAAGAGAGCAAAGCGCUGCGGCGAAAGCUCGCUAAGCUCACUGAUAGGAAGGAUCGGGCCGAGCGUAACGAGGUUCGAAAGGAGUUGAGGAUUCUGGGCAAGGAGGAGCGGGCGCGCCAGAAGGAGGCGAUGAAGGAUGUCGUGAACGGUGCUCGAGUCGUGUGUUCGACGCUCAGCGGCGCGCUCUCUGGAACUCUGAAAUUUCAGGACUUCGACGUGGUCGUCAUAGAUGAAGCAGCGCAAGCGCUCGAGGCCGCGUGUUGGGGCGCAGUUUUGAAAGGUAAGAAGACUGUCUUGGCGGGCGAUCACCUGCAGCUGCCUCCCACCGUGCUCUCCGAUGAGGCGCAGGCGAAAGGUCUGAGCGACACCCUCUUUCAGCGAUUGCACGACGCGUACGGGAAUACCAUCUCUCGCAUGCUCACCGUACAGUAUCGUAUGCACGCCGACAUCAUGACGUGGUCGUCGGAGGCGAUGUAUCAAGGCAAGCUCACCGCGGCGGAAUCAGUCGCGACGCAUCGCCUUCGUGGCGACGGAGAGGACGAUCCCCCAGUCUUACUCCUGAUCGACACGGCGGGAUGCGACAUGGAGGAACGUGUGGAGGAGGAUGGUGAGAGUAAAGAGAAUCCCGGUGAGGCGGAGGUGGUGGUUGAAGUCGUGCGGCGUCUCGUCUCUCAGCACGAAGUUCCCGUGGAUGAAAUCGGCGUCAUCACGCCGUACAACGGACAAGUCACACUCCUUCGCGAGCUUCGCGCGCGAGACGACGCCCUAAAAAACUUAGAGAUAUCCACCGUGGAUGGGUUCCAGGGACGCGAGAAAGAGGCCAUCAUCAUCAGCGCCGUCAGAUCGAAUACGCGCGGAGAAGUCGGUUUCCUGUCCGACAGCAGGCGCAUGAACGUCGCCGUCACGCGCGCGCGCAAGCACUGUUGCCUCAUCAUCGACAGCGACACAUCUCGGAGCGACACAUUUCUCGCCAACUUGGUGGAAUAUUUCGAAUCACACGGCGACGUCGCCUCCGCGGCGGAGUACGCGCAUUGA